AUGGACCUGUUCAAAUGGUGUUUGUCCUUUACCUAUUUCAUCGGUCGUCUAACUGGCGUUAUAAACUUCGAGAUCGACUUGAAAACUGGUCGAGGUAAAAUCACCAAGCGAGCUACAAUAAGUGCAGCCUGCUCGCACAUAGUUAUUUCCACUAUGAUGGCUUUCUAUGUGAUCAACAUUGACAGAAUAGUCAAACUGUGGAGAAUGUCGAGUUAUCUUCAAAAAUAUGUAGUUAUAGUUUUUGGAUUUUUCCGCAUAGCUUGCGUAUUCCUGUUCUUUAAAAGGAUAUGGUCAGACCGACGGAAAUUCAUGAAGCUCUUCGACUCGCUCAGGCGUCAGUACAGUCCGGAGAUAAUUCCGUUCUGCCGGAAAACCAUCUUUAAAAAGUCUUUCUGCUUUCUAAUGUUGCACACUGCACUUAUUAUCAUCAUUCUUACGGUCAUGCUUGGGCAUGCAAGAACAACCCUGGAUCUUGCCAUCUUGGGCAACUUUAUCGUGUUAGUCGUUACAAAUGUGAUCAUUUUGCAAUACUUUAUUGCCAUGGUGGGCAUUCGAGGGCGGUACAUUCUUCUGAUUAAGGAGUUUCAAGCGAUUAUAUCCGAAAUACGAUCCCUUAAUCCCAACCGAAUUGGGGUUUUUGUCACCACUUGUUGCAGUCUUGCCGAUCGCCUUGAAAAACUGGCCCAAUCCCAAUCUGAUUUACAAGCGCUUAUGGAACGAUUGUCCCGAAGUUACCAAGUUCAGGUCGUCAACUUGAUUAUAACGUACUAUUCAAAUCUGGUGUCGUUCUUAUUGGUUUUGUUUACCUUAAAUAAACAUGGUGCUUCCACAGAAGUCUACCAUAAGUUUGUCACAAUUCUUCACUUUGCUAUUGCGGGAUUCUGGUUAAUCGAUUUUCGGAUAAACGCGUCGAGUAUGUUUUGCCUGCUGGAUACACACGAUAAAAUGGUCCAACUACUGAGUCAGAGGACAUCUUUUCAACCUGGUUUAGAUCGGAGAUUGGAGGCAGUUGUAAGAAAAGAGAUUGAAAAGUUUUUAAGUUUUUAA